AUGCAGAACCACUUUGUGCCGUUCACUCAACACGCGGCUGGCGCGGCGCGACCGCAGACGCCGGCAGCACUCGAUGCAGCACCGCGAUCCCCGUUCGUACCGGUCAAGAAGCAUCGAUCCAUCACACCGCCUGCGACACCGUCGUCGUACCAUCGUCCGUCCAAGUCGAUGACGAUGGGCUUCGGUGGUUCGAGCACGGGCACCAGCGCGGGCAUGCACUCGCCCCUAUCCCCGAGCUCGCAGAUCAAUGCCGUGCCUUCGUUUGUCGUACAAGCAUCUUCGCCGACGACAAUGGCUUCUCCACCUCGCAAAGUCCUGACCCAUCAACGUUCCAUGUCGGCACUCGCGUCUUCCGCUCUGGUGUCGGGUGCAGCUCACCACCUUUCGGCCGUCGCGAGUGGUUCGUCGUCCUCACAUCCCCAAUUCGCGAAUCGAGCUCCAAGCCCCGAACCGAUGCGUAUCCGAGCUCGAGUCACCGCCGCAGCCACACCGAGACGCAAAGCCGUCCUUCCCGGGACAGAACACGUUGAAGCCCCGACACCUCGAGCUCCAACAAGUCACGGCUUCAACCGAUCCAUGACCACCACCCCUUCGGCUCCGACGCCCGUCUCCCCCAACCCCUCCGUGUAUACGACGCCUCGACCUUUGGCGGCUCGAACACUGAUGAAGGACUCGGAUUGGAUCGGGAGGAAUCAUGUCGUCGCUUCUCCUAUCGAGGAUCUCAGUCGAGGCAUGUCGGGCAUGGGUUUGGGAUCGGCAAGAACGGAGCCUUUGCCGAGGGAAAGGUUGUCCAAGAUUCAGGACAGUGUGCUCGUUUGCGUUAGGUAAGCAAGAAAGCUCAGCGCACGACUGUCGGGAGAAGUCAACCUAAAUGAGUCUUAUCGUACGCUUGGCUCUUCUCGUCCACAGGGUGCGACCCCCCGCAGCCAAACUCGCGCUUUCAUCCGAGAUCAUGGACGAGAAAGCGUGGAACGUCGAUGCGGCGAGGGCGCAAUUGUCGCUUAAAACGGGCGGCCCGGAAUACAACUUUGACUCCAUCGUCACGGGGUCGGAGAACGAAGGCGUCUAUGCCGAAGCAGGCAAAGACCUCGUACUGUUAGUCAUCAGUCCCUUCGUACAGAGUCCUCUCGAGGACAUUAGGAGCUGACGAGUGCGUAAUUUGUCGACAGAGCCGCGAUGGAAGGCUUUGAUGCCGUCAUCUUUGCGUACGGUCAAACAGCAUCGGGGAAGACGUUCACUUUGUCGGGUAAUGCCGCCAACCCGGGUAUCAUCCCGCAGGCCGUUUCGGACAUCUUUGCCUACAUCCGUGAUGUGAGUAUGUCGGCCGAAUGAUAGCUUUGGAGGUCGAAUCUGACAUGCUGCCUUUCGGAUGAAUCUAUCACCAGCAUCCCGAUCAAGAGUUCCUGCUGCGCGCAUCGUACCUCGAGAUUUACAACGAGACCCUCAAAGACUUGCUCGCACCCGAGACGGGACCACUUAAAGUGCGACAGGACGAAAAGGUAUGGGCUCAUACGCUUUGUCCUCAACUUGGCGCAAUGUGAUGCUGAUAGUGACCCGAUUCAACAGAAACGGUUCUUCGUCCAUCCACUGCGCGAAGAGGUCGUGACGGGUGAAGCUCAGGUCGCUGCUUUGCUGCGGAGGGGAGAAAAGAAUCGCCAUACUGGUCAGACGGAUUUCAACGAACGGUCGUCGCGGUCCCACAGCGUGUUCCAGAUGGUGAGCCGGACGUGCUCAGCGCAUCAAUCACGAGCCAUCAUGACUGAAACGCUACACUGUCGUCCUCCCAGACCAUUGAAUCGCGUGACCAAGACCCCUACGCCCCCUCGGCCUCCCCCCUCCGCUCCAAAACCCCCAACGGUCCUCGCCUAGCCCCCGGCUCGAACGGCUGCGUUCGCAUGAGUCGACUCAGUUUGAUUGAUCUGGCCGGUAGUGAACAAGCGACGAGUCAGCUGGAACGCAGGAAUGAGGGUGCAUUCAUCAACAAGAGUCUGCUCACGCUGGAAAAGGUUAUUGCGUCGUUGACGGAUGGGUCGAAGAUCAAGUAUGUCUCGUCAGGACGUGAGGUUAUCGCGGGGCUUACGAGCUGCUGACGGUUUCAAUUUCGUUACUUGCUAUGCAGGCCACACGUCCCUUAUCGGUACGUGAUCAGCCCCAUCGUUUCCGUCCAGCGCAGACUGCUGACUCAGGUCCGAUUGCAUGCCCGCAGAGAUUCCAAGUUGACCCAAAUCCUACAGCCGUCGUUGUCGGGUGACGCCCGCGUCGCCGUGAUAGCGACCAUGAAUCCUUCCCCCAUGGCUAUUGAGGAAUCCAAAUCGACACUCCGGGUAAGUUCUGCAUGCUGAGAGUAGCAUUGUUCGUCCUACGGUUGCUAAAUGCUAACCCGUUCGUGGUGCUUCUGCACAGUUCGCCCAACGAGUCAAGAAAGUGACGCUCAAGGCUGUCGUCAACGAGGUUAUGGAUGAUAAAGCGCUUAUUCACAAGUACCGCUCUCAUGUAGGUCUCUGAUGUACGCUCCACACGGAAGGAACCUCGUCGUACUCACAAACCCCGUUGUUCAUUUCACCCAGAUCGCUCACCUCGAAGCCCAACUCCAAGCCGCCAUGUCCCAACCUUCGGUCCCCAAUACUCCUUCGCACGACAAUGCUUCUCAUUCAGAGGAAGAAGUUGGAGGUGGAAAAGUGGGUCGGGUGGUGUGGUCUUUGAGCCACAAUCGUUACUUAUGCGAUCCUUCCACCCGAACACAGUAUCACAAGUCUUCGGCACGCGUCAAGGGUCUCGAAGUGCAGAUUGAGGAAUUGCGCUCGCUGUUCGUGAACAGUGGCAAUGUCGAGGAACGGAGACGAAGUGUGAGUCGAUUUCUACUUGUUCGUUGCAAAAGUUAAAAUCAAAGACUGAGGAUCGGGCGUCGAAAACCGACCCCCUCACCCAGCUUCUUCCACCUCGGCCGGUGUCACCUAUGAAAGUCCUUCAUUCAAUCGACGGUGGCGAGUCCUCCGAUUCCGAAGAGCUCUGCCUAGGCGAACGACUCCUCGAAGCCCAAGACGAAAUAGCCUCCUUGAAAGACCUCAACUCGUCCCUCAAGUCUCGCAUUUCCGAACUCGAACAAUCCCAUUUGGACCACGUGCGAACGAGCGCCAACGAUUCAGCGAAAGAUGCACGGAUCGCCGAGUUGGUGAAGGAGAACCAAGAGUUGUUGGUGGUGGUUAAGAAUGGGGAUGAUGGGGAGGGGGAUUUGAAGAGGUUGGAAUGGAAGAUGAAGAGGGAGAUGGACAAAAGGGCGACGUACGCCAAGGCUUUGGAGGAGGCGUUGAAGAAGGAACAGAAAGUAAGUUGAGGCGGGGAGCAGCAACACAUCCUCGGAGGGUUACGCUUUGACUGACGGUCUUGAAUACGCUCCGUCUAUUUCUGCAAUGUCUCAUCACAGAGAGUCAACCAAUUCGAGCGCUUCAUCCUCCAACACCUAGCAACACAAGCCGACGUCAUCUCCGGCCGUCGGCGCUCCUCAAUCGGCCUCGUCAACCACGCCGCCGGACGUCCGUCCGUGGCGGGUAUGUUGCCCAUCAUGAACGAGUCGAGUCCAUUGGUCGUCGCGCCGCAAGAGUUCCUUGAUUUGGACGAGCUGGAAUUUUCCGAAGAAGGGAGGGAACAGAUCAAGAAGAGCGUGUCGAUGCUGUUCGUGCAGUCGUGA